CGCCAAGAACAUGGAGAAGGACAAAACCAAUGUCCCAAGCUUUGUGAACCCCAACCAAUUCGGAGCUCCUGGAAAUGUUCUGCAAUGCGGUCAACUACCAGUUAUCGUAAAGAGGAUCAGGAAGAGACCAUUGAAGAUCAUUUCUCCAUUUAAAUUACAUCCUGUUAAGUCUACCAUUUCUCUCAACCACGCCCGAAAACUCCGUGACAUAGUAAUCAACGACCUUGAUCUCAAAAAGACUGGACUUCUUGCUUACGAACCUUCUAAGUUAUAUCUUACUGGCAUGGAUCUCGCAAAAAGCUUCGGCGAUGGGGCAUCAAUGCUACCCAGCUUGAUGGAAUACUACAUAGACAUUCUGCGUCACGAUGAGAUUAAAUUAAGGCCCACGUCGGCUGGGUACAGGAUGUUCCUUCGUUGGUCACUAUCGUUCCACCUUAAUGUCGAUGCUCGGCACGAGACGCAAUCCUUCAAUCCUACUUUCAUUGAGGCACUAUUAAAGGAAGACCUCGUGGAUAAAGACCCUCAAGAUGUUCGCAUGAUAUUAUGGGUAUCCCAUCAGGGCAGUCAUUUCUCAGUUUAUUGUGUGAAUCGUGUUCACAGACGGAUUGACGUCCUCGAUUCAGUUGACUGGAGCACACAACAGACUACAUUUGAGGAUUUUCAUAAGCCGUGGGGUCCUAUUGCUGUCGCCAGACUCAAUGAUGCUUUUUUAAAAGUUACUGAGGGGAAGUUCGACAACUUCUGCAAGUGGCCUAUUGCUAGAUUUCCAACCCCCAAACAACUUGCCAACGACUGUCCUUUCUUCUGUUUCAAAUUCCUGAAAUUUUAUGAUGGCGAGGAGAAUCAAUUACGAAUCAAAAUCGACCCA